AUGCCAGGCUGGGAAGAUAGCUCGUGGGGUUAUCAUGGCAAAUAUGGAAACUUGUAUUUUGAAAAUGAUAGCGAACCAUAUGGAACAGAUUUUAUGACCGGUGAUACUAUUGGAUGUUGUCUAAACAUUAGAAAUAAUACGAUAUAUUAUACAAGAAACGGAGUGAAUCUAGGAAUUGCAUUCCGAGAUUUAAAAAAUGAGAAUGCUAUGUAUCCUUGUGUUGGAAUUAUGUCACCAGAUGGAUCCGUAGGAGCAAACCUUGGCUAUAGAAAGUUCAAAUAUACAG